CUCCCCGGACCCCGCAUUCACUAUAUCCGCUCUCCCCGGACCCCGCAUUCAUUAUAUCCGCUCUCCCCGGACCCCGCAUUCACUAUAUCCGCUCUCCCCGGACCCCGCAUUCACUAUAUCCGCUCUCCCCGGACCCCGCAUUCACUAUAUCCGCUCUCCCCGGACCCCACAUUCAUUAUAUCCGCUCUCCCCGGACCCCACAUUCACUAUAUCCGCUCUCCCCGGACCCCGCAUUCAUUAUAUCCGCUCUCCCCGGACCCCACAUUCACUAUAUCCGCUCUCCCCGGACCCCGCAUUCACUAUAUCCGCUCUCCCCGGACCCCGCAUUCACUAUAUCCGCUCUCCCCGGACCCCGCAUUCACUAUAUCCGCUCUCCCCGGACCCCGCAUUCACUAUAUCCGCUCUCCCCGGACCCCACAUUCAUUAUAUCCGCUCUCCCCGGACCCCGCAUUCGCUAUAUCCGCUCUCCCCGGACCCCGCAUUCACUAUAUCCGCUCUCCCCGGACCCCGCAUUCACUAUAUCCGCUCUCCCCGGACCCCACA